CAAACGAGGCCUUACAGAAUUGAAUAUAUAUUGAAUACACCCCUUAAAACAACUUUUUAAUAAUAAAUCAAUGAAUACCAACACAAACAUGAAAAAGCCAUCAUCCCCAUCUUAGGAGCUAUCAAAUGGAAGAAGACGAAGACGCAAGAAGGGAGGCCGCGAUAGCCUCAGCGCGCACUCUGCUCCCCGAUAUCAGGCCCAAUUCCGCCGUCACGGCCGACCAGCUCUCCAAGUUUCAAGAGUUGCGUCGAAGGCGUUUACAAAUUAAAGCUAAGUCAAAAGCUAAAAGACACUUGAAGAAAGGGAAAGUAGAUGGAGGUGGAAAAUGUCUUGGUGAAGACAACAAAGCUAAAUUAUGUAUAGAACAUGCGAGUAAAAAUGCUGAUGGCCAAACGGAAUAUUUAGAGGUUCCAAGAAGCAGUUCAGAUGACAUUUUGCACGUAAAGCAAGACACUACAUUACCACACAAAGAGCCACACAAGCGCCAAAAAUUGCAUUGGGGCCUUGAUGUGAAAGAGAGAUGGGAAAGAAAAUCCAACAUGUAGAAAACACAGCACAUCAUGAUAUGAUUGCAACAACUAACAACCUGGUACUGGCUUUGCCAACAUAAUGAGGGAUAGCGUUGCCGUAAAGCAAAGAGGGCUAUGAUGUCUUCGUUUGGUGAACAAGAAGAAGAAGAAGAAGAAGAAUACAACAAAAUUGAAUCAUAAGUUUGCUCACCUUUGACAUUUGAUUGCACUACUGAGCUUUUUUGGGUAAUUGAACGUCCCAUACUGAAAAUAUGUAAAUGUAAUACUAUUUGACUGCACCUGCACUUCGGGGUUUAUUGUGUUUAGUACACAUCUUUUGAAAACUAAGUGCCCGUUUGAUGAGCGCAAAAAAAUACGACCGAGUUUU